AUGGCGUCGCCGCCGGAGGGGGUGGAGCCGGCGGUGAUCCACGCGUGGUCGGCGCCGCGCUCCCUCAGCACCAGCCUCAUGUAUUCCUUCUCCGAGAGGGAUGACAUGGAUGUGCUUGACGAGCCUCUCUACGCUAAUUUCCUGCGUGUCACUGGUGUUGACAGGCCCUACCGCCAGGAGCUUCUCUCUAAAAUGGAUCCAGAUGGCAACAAAGUUGUCAAAGAAGUGAUUUUUGGACCAGGAGAGAAAGCAUAUCGUUACUGCAAGCACAUUGCGAAGCAGCGCCUCCCUAAUCUCACAGGUGACCUGAUGAAGAAGGGAAAACAUUUCAUAUUAAUACGUAACCCUAUGAAUAUCCUGCUCGGUGUAGCAGAACUUGUUGCAAUAUACAGUGAGUUGUGUGAGCUUGGGAGCCCUCCACCUGUGAUAGAUGCAGAUGAUCUCCGAAGAGAUCCUGAGGCCGUCUUGAGUGGACUCUGUGAGGACCUGGGUAUUCCUUUCCAGCCACAAAUGCUCAAAUGGAAAGCUGGCCCAAGGGACUUUGAUGGUAUUUGGGCCCCCUGGUGGUAUGAAAGUGUACAUACAUCUACGGGCUUCUCGAAAUCCCGUCGUUACCCUAUGACUUUUCCAUUUGCAUUGUAUGACCUACUUGAGCAAAGCUUGCCCUUCUACAAUAUGCUGAAGCGCCAGGUACGGAGAACAACAGGAUCCCUGCUGCCACCACCGCCUGAUCCUCCUCUUCCUGUACCAGAAAAUAAAAAAAUUCUUGUUUGGGUUGGAGAUGAACUUUUGCCACGUGAUAGUGCAAGGGUUUCAGUGUUUGAUUCAGUUGUACAAGGAGGGGAUGCUGUGUGGGAAGGAUUGCGUAUAUAUGAUGGGAAAGUAUUCAAACUUGAAGAACACUUGGAUAGAUUGUUUGAUUCUACAAAAGCUAUGGCCUUCAGCAAUGUGCCCAGUCGUGAUUGGAUUAAGGAUGCAAUAUUUAAGACUCUUAACGCAAAUGGGAUGUUCAAUAAUGCACAUAUAAGGCUCACUCUCACCCGUGGGAAGAAGGUGACAUCUGGAAUGAGUCCAACUUUCAAUCUAUAUGGGUGUGUCUUGAUUGUACUUGCAGAGUGGAAACCACCAGUUUAUGAUAACUCACAUGGGAUAAAGUUGGUAACUGCCGCCACACGUCGUAAUUCUCCAAAUAGCGUAGAUUCGAAGAUACAUCACAACAAUCUUAUUAACAACAUUCUGGCAAAGAUAGAAGGUAAUCUUGCACAGGCUGAGGAUGCUAUCAUGCUAGAUCAAGAUGGUUUUGUAUCAGAAACAAAUGCAACAAACAUAUUUAUGGUUAAGAAGGGCAUUGUAUUGACACCUCAUGCGGACUACUGCCUUCCAGGAAUUACCCGUGCAACUGUCAAGGAUCUUGUUGUGAAAGAAAACCUGGUAUUACAUGAACGGCGAAUUAGUCUAUCUGAAUUUCAUGCUGCAGAUGAGGUGUGGACAACCGGAACAAUGGGUGAAAUUACACCGGUUGUGAUGAUUGACGGGCGUGAAAUUGGUGAUGGGAAAAUCGGUCUGGUCACAAGACAAAUCCAGAGCGCAUACAAAGUCCUGACAGCAGGGUUGGGAGUAACAAUUCCCAGGAAUGCGGAGGCAUAA